CCCUUCACCCAUUUUUCCCUCCACACCUCUAAACCCUUCUUCUUCUUCCUUCUACCUCUUCUUUUAAGGGUUUUCCAUGGAGUUCACGACGGAGCUGUCGUUGGCUCCGAGGAAUCAUUCGAGGAAGAGGAAGAUGAGUUUCGACGAUUGUGAUCGUGAUCGUGAUCCUGAUCAUGUCGUCGAUCUUCAGAUUCUUGAUCGAGAAGUGAUGAAGAACAACAGGCCUCUGCCUUUGGAUUGGGAGCAAUGCCUCGACCUUCAUUCAGGGACGAUGUACUACUUCAACAGGAAGACGUCGAGAAAGAGUUGGAACUGGCCAAAGGACACUUACCAUGAUGGCGAAAAUGAUCAAAACAGCGGAAGUCUCGACUUGGAGCUCAACAUCUCAUCAUCAUCAUCAUCAUCAUCAAACAAGUACUAUAACAACAAUAUUGUGAGUGAUCACCAUCACCACAUGAAGCUUCACCAUCACCAAAUUCCAGCUUCUUCACCAUCACCAUCAGAAGAAGGGAAUUUCAGUACUAGUGAUGACAAGGACAAUAACAACAUGGUGGCAUUGGCAUGUUUGAAUUGCCAUCUCCUUGUAAUACUCUCAAAGUCAUCUCCUUGUUGCCCCAAUUGCAAAUAUGUACACUCCCUCCCACCCACAAUAUUCCACCACAACUACCCACCUCAGCCCAAUGGGCACACCAAGGUCCAGUUCCCUCCCAAGCCCAUUAGCACCUUGAGCCUGCUCAACUAGAUCCAUGAUCAAGAUUAUAUAUAUAAGUAUUAACUAUGUGCAUCUUAAUAUAUAGGACUAUAUAUAUAUAUAUGAGUAUAUGUGUGAUAUUAAUUAGUAUAGAUAUGGUAUGGUAUGCCUCUUUUUGGGUCUUUUCACUUCUAUGUAAUGAGGGUAACCUCACCCCAAAGCUAUGAUGUGAAAAGAGUUAAUUAAGGAAUUAAGCAGCUAGUAAUUAUGUAUCUAAGCAAUGAAAAAGUCUU